AUGAGGAGGCCUUGGGAGGCGUCCCUGGGGGGCACGUGCCUGGGCCUGGAGCUAAUCCGGGGUCACAGGACAGGGCGCGUGGGCGGCGGGCCCCCAGAAAGUUCCAUCCCGGGCCCUCCCCCUCUCCACCGGCGGCAGACCCGUCACUUACUGAGGCUCUGGAGCAGGUUCGACCAGGUCUUCGCACCCAGCAUGGUGUGCCACCCCCUCCAGGGCCGCGGGGGCUCGGGGGGAGGGGGUCUAGGAGGAGCUGCCCGGCAUCGCCAGCGGCCUGGGCGCGAGGGUCACCAAACGGCGGGAGGAGCGCCCCGCGCCGCCCGCGCCCCCUCGCCCGCGCCCCCGCCGGAGGCUUCGCGCACCAGCAGCCGCGGCUACGCGGCCGCCUCGCAGCCACCAUUUUAUUCCCUUCCCGCUCGGCCGGGCCGCGCGCCUCCUCCCCGCCGCCCCCCGCGCGCCGCGGCGCCCCCGCCGCCCUCCCCGCUCCCGGCGGCCCCGCCCGCUCCCCGGGCAGCCCCCGCUCCCCUGCACUUGAUAACGCGCUUAGCAAGAGGGGCGCCCUUGUUCGUCCCCGAAGAGCAGUUGUGGGGCAAGCCGGCCACGCGCCAAGGAACGCAUGCCGAGCACCGGUUCCGUCGGCCUCGAGGAAGCGUCAUAAAGGACCUGUGUGGGCUGGUGACGGCUGCUUCCCAGAUCCGGACCACCUGCUUCAAGCCCCCUUCCCCUGCGCAAGUUCUGUCUUGGCCACGAUGCCACGUUCAGGCCGUGCUGACGCUGGACGCCUGCGCGCUGAGGCCGAGUCAGCCUCGGUCUCGCUCGGGCGAACCUCACUGCGCUGCUCUAACCCUCGGAGGGAGCCCGCCCCGCCUCACCCUGCGCGCACACGCCAAGAACCUGGGACUGUCCGAGCCUGGCUACUGGCACCAAACUCGGCAGGUCCCCCGGGAGCCUUUCCUCUUGAAGUCCCUCCCUCCUGGGAUGUCCCUUCUCCUGACGCCACCUGCCCGGGUCUGGUGUCCCGGCUCCGAGAAGGCGGGCGAGAACGCGGACGGCAGACUCGCUGCGCACUGCACGCCCGCACGGCACCUGGAGGAACCCCUCGGGGAACCCUCCUCCGGGUCAGGACCGACUUCGCUCACCGAGAUGGCGGUCUCCUCCGGGCCAGGCGGGGUGAGCCGCGGCCAGGGGCCCUUCCGGGCCCAGCACCAUCCAGAAAUGUCGGUUACGCCGGGACAGCUGCCCGGGCCCCCCGAACGCCUCAGAUGCGGUGCGCGGCGGGAGCCCCGGGCCAACAUGCUGCCGGCUAGAGAAGGUGACGGGCCAGGGACGAGGGACGGAGCCCGGAGCUGGCUCCGGGAGGAGAGCCAGCCAGGCCGCCCUGCCCUCGCUCGCCAGCUGUGGCUGACUCCCGUGCACUCAGGUGCCCGGGGCGGGGGCGGGGCGCCCCCCCUGUACCGCUGGCUGCUCCCUGAGUCAGCCCCACCAGGAGGGAGGCGGCCCGAGGACAAUGCGACAGCAGGCGAGGGGGCGGCGGGGAGCUCCCCCUCCCGCCAGGAGGGGCCGCGGCUGCUGGCGCUCUCCCCGCGAGGCCAGGCCUUGCAAGGGAAGCAGAAAUCUGUCGUUAACACGGUGCCAAACCCAAAGUGGCUGCUCCCGAGCUGCAAUCCAAUAAAAGUGCGACUUGUCUAUUUAUCAUCCUCCGGGCUUUUUAUCACAGAGCAGAUGGCGGCUACCUUUGGAAGGCUCCGCCGCCCGCCGCCCGCCACCCGCCGCGCAAAGCUCAGCUCAACAGAAUCUGGGCCUGCACCUGUGUGGGGCCGAGAGCGGCGGCCACCGGGCGCGCGGGGUCCCGUGUCCCCGUCCCGCUCACACGCCGCCCCCGCCGCGGAGCUGGUGGCCGAUGGCCCGUGUGGCGGCUCCCCCUGCGCCGUGCAAGCAGCAGCGCCCGCACACCGGCUGGGGGGCCCCCAGUGA